AUGAUUGAAUGCUCUGUAUUUGGAUAUCUAAAGGAGAUCGACUGUAUUUGCAACUAUCUGAGGCUAUGCAAAAGAACAGACAAGAUUGCUACUGAAAGUAUAUUUUCCAAUGGACUAAACGUGUUACUUGUGUCUGAAGAGAGUGAUGGUGUUUAUUUGAUAAGCAGAGGGGCUCCAGAUAGGAACAAGAAUAGGAUGUCGCUUUGCUCAAAAGUACAGAGGUCGAGGGUCAGGACUCUGGGCACUCUUAAGGUGUUUCUGUUCUCGCUUGGAUUUGAGCUAGUGAGGCAGGGAAAGGUUGAGUUGAUAACUUUUGAGAAAGAGCCAGGCCACAUCGAGAUAUCAAAGCACGUUUCUGAGGAGAGCAGCAAGCAUAAGGAAACUGAUGAUUAUUACUUGGUCAAGGUGUUUGUAAUUUCAGAGAAUGCACAUGAUGGAGAAAGAAUGUUAAGUCGGGUGAUUGAGGAGUUGGAAGGCCAGGUCCAGCUCGUAAAGCCCUCAAUAAAAUGA